AUGUCCCCUGCAUUGGCAAUAGCCACAGAAACAAGGGAGGGUGAUGCUUUGGAAAGCCAAUACCAGAAAGGAGUGAAGCACUUAUAUGAAAGGGGCAUUAAAAAGGUCCCUAAGAAGUACAUAUUGCCUGUUUCAGAAAGGCCCAAUUUGAGAGAGAGAAAACCAUAUGCCACAGAGCUCAAUCUCAAGUUGCCAGUAAUUGAUUUUGCAGAACUCCAAGGUGCUAACAGGUCUCAAGUCCUCAAGUCCCUGGCCUAUGCUUGUGAAUAUUAUGGAUUUUUUCAGUUGGUAAAUCAUGGCAUCCCCAACAAUGUUAUAAGCAACAUGAUCGAUGCGGGUGGAAGGUUUUUUGAGCUCCCUUUGGAUGAGAGAGAAAAGUACAUGUCUUCGGAUAUAACUUCGCCAGUUCGAUGUGGAACAAGCUUCAGCCAGACCAAAGAUGGUGUCUUUUGCUGGAGAGACUUUUUGAAGUUAUCCUGUCAUCCUUUAUCAGAUGUCCUUCCUCGUUGGCCUUCUUCUCCCGUGGACUUUAGGAAAUUGGUGGUUACCUACGCAAAAGAAACAAAACUCUUGUUCCUAAUGCUAGUGGAAGCCAUUCUUGAGGGUCUUGGAAUAACAACCACAGAGAACAAGACAAGAGAAGAAGAUGAAGAAACAUUAAAAGAAUUCCAAGAUGGAAGCCAGCUAAUGGUUGUCAACUGUUACCCACCAUGUCCACAACCUGAUUUGACACUAGGAAUGCCUCCUCACUCUGACUAUGGCUUCCUCACACUUCUCCAACAAGAUGAGGUUGAGGGUCUGCAGAUUCAGUUCCAAGAAAAAUGGGUCACCAUUAAACCUAUCCCCAACUCUUUUGUGGUCAAUGUUGGUGAUCACCUUGAGUGA